UGAGAGGCGGACGGAGCUCUAGCGGCCAGAACUCGCCACCAACUCUGCAGCACCGUCGUGAGAGUGAAGCACCGCGGCCACUGGCUGCUCCUAAUUCGCCUCUCUCUCUCUCUCUCUCUCUCUUUUUUUUUUGCUUCCUCCGUUUGGUUGUUGUUUUCUUUGCGGCGCGCGCGUGUGCGCGUGUGUGAGCGUGUGCGAGCGCGUGUUGCAAGUCAGUUGUGAGCAUGCAAGGCAACGGUCGUCACCGAAACAAGGGAGCGAGGACAACAUGGACAAACCGGCAAUUUAUAUUUUACAAAUGCACUUUAUAUUUAUUCAUCCUCAGUCUGGAACUGAAGGGCAGCGCUGCGGCGCCGCUGGACUCCGACGAGUUCGCUUUCUUCAAUGAGGGCCCCCAGGGCUGCCUGGGAGUGCGGGAUCACUCCCUCAUCGUGUCGACCUCCUGCGAGGACGCAAACCAGCGCUGGAAGUGGGUGACCCGGGGUCGUCUGUUCAACCUCGGCUCCUCGCUGUGCCUGGGCGUGACCACUGGGAACGUCACCUCCAAACUGGGCGUGUACACCUGUGACCGCGAGCCUCCCAGAGUGCGCUGGAACUGGAACUGCGAGCAGGUGUUGGACAACCUUAACAACUACCUUCCCACGCUCGGGAACAUGUCCUCAAGCUCCUCCACUUCAAACCUCAAGUGGAGGCUGCACGGCGGGGGCCAGGACCUGUGCGCUAAAACAUAUCGUGAGAUCUACACAAUCCAGGGGAACUCCCACGGGCGCCCCUGCUACCUGCCCUUUCUGUACGACGGCCAGUGGUUCCACAGCUGCACGGGCGUGGGGCGCGAGGACGGCCACCUCUGGUGCGCCACCACGCACGACUACGGCAAGGACGAGCACUGGGGCUUCUGUCCCGUGAAGACCGGCGGCUGUGAGACGUUCUGGGACACUGACCCGCUGACAGACAGCUGUUACCAGUUCAACUUCCAGGCGACGCUGUCGUGGAGCGAGGCGAGGAUCAGCUGCCAGCAGCAGGGAGCGGACUUGCUGAGCAUCACCAAGCUGCACGAGCAGACGUACAUCAACGGUUUCCUGACGGGCUACAGUGCUGCUUUGUGGAUUGGCCUCAAUGACCUGGACAUCAAUGGAGGCUGGCAAUGGGCCGACUCCUCACCGCUCAAAUAUCUCAACUGGGAGUCAGACCAACCGAACCAUGCUGAGGAGGAGAACUGUGCUGUGAUAAGAACCGAGUCAUCGGGCCGUUGGCAGAACCGCGACUGUUCUGUAGCUCUGCCCUACGUUUGUAAGAAGAGGCCCAACGCCACUCUGGACCCCUUCACCACUGACUCGUGGGCAGAUGAUGAGAAAUAUGAGUGUGACGUGGGCUGGCAGGCCUUUCAGGCCGGCUGCUACAAGUUGACCUCAGAGAAGAUUGACUGGGAUUCAGCUCAGAAGACCUGUCAGAGGAUGGAGGCCAACCUGCUCAGCAUCCACACGCUCCCCGAGCUGGAGUUCACCAUCCGCAACCUGAAGAAAGAUAUCGACCAGCUAUGGAUAGGGCUCCAUGACACUGAUAUGCAAAUGGACUUCCAAUGGACUGACCACACGCCCGUCAUCUUCACCUACUGGCACCCCUUUGAACCAAACAACUUCCGCAACACCCAGGAAGAUUGUGUGUCCAUCUGGGGAGGCGAGGGCCGCUGGGACGACAGCCCUUGUAAUCUGACCCUGGCCUCCAUCUGUAAGAAGCCGGGGACAAAGAGUGAAGGGAAUCCACAGCCCCAGGACUGCAAACAAGGCUGGAAGUGGCACAGCCCGGCUUGUUACUGGGUGGGAGAUGAUCUGUCCACCUUCGAUGAAGCCAGAAAGUCCUGUGAGGAGCAUGGCGCCGGCCUUGUUAGCCUCACCAAUAGGUUCGAGCAGGCCUUCGUCAACAGCCUGGUGUUUGGUCGCGCUGUCGAUUCGUUCUGGAUCGGGCUCCAUGACCAGGGCAGCCCCGGCUCUUUCCACUGGCUCAGCGGGGAUGAGGUGUCCUACACCAACUGGAACCGCGACCAGCCAGUCGGCGUCCGCGGCGGCUGCGUGUCCAUGGCAACGGGCUCCGCCACAGGUCUGUGGCAGGUGAGGCCGUGCGCGUCCUCAAAGGCAAAGUUCAUCUGCCGUCAAAACCAGGACACGUCCCUGAGCCCCGAGCCCCCCGUCCCUCAGCCGACCCCCAGCCUCAGCGGCUCCUGCCCCAGCGGCUGGAAGAGCAGCAGCAACCUGCACUACUGUUACAAGGUGUUUCACUCCUUCCAGGUGGAGAAGAAGCUGAACUGGCUGCAGGCGCACCUGUCCUGUCGCAGACAAGGCGCCAACCUGCUGAGCAUCAGCAGCCCUGAGGAGGAACACUUUGUUCUGCAGAUCCUCCAUGAGGCCUUUGGGGAGUCAGAGGACCACGAGCAGCAGUGGUUCUGGAUCGGACUGAACCGCAGAAACCCAAUGGACAACGGCAGCUGGAAGUGGAGCGAUGGACUCGUUUUCACAUACCAGAACUUUGGCCGCAGCGAUUACAACUUCAGGCAAUGUGCUGCAGCAGACCUGGGCACUAUGACCUGGCUGGCCAUGCAAUGUGACGUUGAGCUGGACUGGAUCUGCAAGAUCCCCAGAGGGAGCGUCGAGAAGCAACCAGAAAUCCCUGAAGAAACUUCACCGGAGUGGAUUGGCUUCCAGGAGGCCGAGUAUAAAUUCUUUGACCACCGCACGACUUGGGACCAGGCCCAGAGGAUCUGCUCCUGGUUUGACUCCUCGCUGGCCUCCGUCCACUCCACGGAGGAGGAGGCUUUCCUGGCAAACACUUUGAACAAGAUGGUGAAGGUGGAGGGUGACAGCUGGUGGCUCGGGCUUCACACCUACGAAAACGAUGGCCGUUUCCGCUGGUCAGACCACUCGGUGCUCAAUUAUGUGUCCUGGGCCCUCGGGAGGCCGCACCCGGUCAGCCGCGAUCGCAGAUGUGUCAAAUUGUCUUCUAGCGAGGCGGAGUGGGCUGAUCAAAAAUGCCACUCUGACCUGCCUUACAUAUGCAAGAGAGUGAAUGUCACGGGCACCAUUCCUCCAACUCCAUCGUCCCCCCACUCACCUUCGGGCUGUCCCGAUGGAUGGUCUUCCCAUCAACACAAGUGUUUCAGAGUUUUCGGUCAGUCACACCGAGUCACAUGGUCUGCAGCCAAGCUGAAAUGUGACACACAGGGAGGCGUACUGGCAGUGGUGUCCAAUCAUUUGGAGCAAGCAUUCGUCACGACCCUGCUUCGAAAUGCCAGUGUUGACCUCUGGGUGGCUCUGACGUCAGACUCUAAAGGUCAUUUCCAGUGGGCCAAGGCCAGUUUACUCAGCUACACCAACUGGGCUCCCGGGGAGCCACUGGACAACAGCGGGCCGCACCAAGACAAGAGCCCGGGAAACUGUGUGGUGAUGAUUCAUGGCACCCCCCAGAAGAACACUGGCAUGUGGGCCUCCCGUGCCUGUGAGAUGGAAAGCAAUGGCUUCAUCUGUCAAAGGGCCCAAGAAUCGGGCCUACCGCCGGCCCCGGCCCUCGUCCCUGCUUCCCUGGCGAAGCCAGUGGAGCUGGGUGGGGUGACCUACCGGGUUGUGGAGAAGCGUCUGGACUGGACCGGCGCCCUGCACCUCUGUGAGUCAUUGAAUGGGACCCUCGCCACGGCGAAGGAUCCCUACCAGCAGGCUUAUCUCACGCUGCUGAUCAACAGCCUGCGCCGGCCUGCCUGGAUCGGAAUCUACAAUUAUGGAGGGCGCAGCGUCAUGUGGCUGGGUGACGAGGAAGUGUCGUAUUCAAACUGGAUAGACGGGGAGCCCCAUCUUCGGGCUGGAUGCGGUCACAUGACCACUACCGGGCAGUGGACUUUGACCCCCUGCGACGGCAAACUGGAGGCUGCUAUCUGUCAAAUGAGUGAUGAGCCUGUGCUUCAUGACUGGAUGUACCCCGGCCAGUGCCCCCACUCUUUGGGGGAGUGGUCAUGGGUGUCCUUCAGAAACCACUGUUACGCCUUCAACCUGCAGAGUCUUCGACUGCAGCAGGAUGCACGCACAUCCUGUAAAAAAGUGGGAGCGGAACUUCUCUCUAUAUUGGAUGAGACGGAGAAUGGAUUUGUAUGGGAACACAUCCAGAGCUUUGCGGAGCAGGCACAUGGAGCUUGGCUUGGCAUCAGUGUGAAAGGUCGAGGACUGGUCUGGAGCGGGGACACAGAGAUGUCCUACACCAACUGGGAGACGCACGAUGUGGCCUUCUCCGUUCUGUCUCCGAACUCGUGCUUUUGGAUCCAGAGCAACAGCGGCCUGUGGAAGCCCGGCUCGUGCAGAAACCGCACACAUGGAGUCAUCUGCAAACGGCCUCGGACUGCUGAGACGUCGGCUGUAACGGUGAAGGAGGACAACCACCUACCCACUCUGAUCGCGGUCGCGGUGACGGGCCUGGUGCUGGCAGUGCUGAUAGUGGGCGUGAUCUACCUGUACCGUCGGCGGGCUGUCGGGUCCCAGGGCUCCUACGAAGGGGCCCGCUACAGCCGCACCAACUCCAGCAUGGGGGAGCAGGCGGAGAAGAACAUCCUGGUGUCUGACAUGGAGCUGAACGAGCAGGCAGAGUAGCGUGCAACACCACCCGCCACCUGCCACCGACCCAGACCCAACCGUGCACGGGAGAGGCCGAGUCAGAACAGGCGUCGUGGCAUUUGUGCGUUUCGUCGCGUCUUUCGAAAGGCAAAAAUAUUUUUGGACGGGCUGUGCAGAGCACAGUAGGUUGGUUUUACAUGUAAAAUGAAUCCCCCGACUUUUUCAUUCAGGCCACAAACAAAUCUACUGGGAGUUUAAGUUCAUUGCGGCAGCUGGAGAAAUUCCACAUAAAUAAGUUUUAUGACAUGACUCGUCACCGCCUCCUGUCAAUUUAUUCGCUCCAUCGUAAAAAAGUGCAGCCACCGGUCGUAACUAAAACCAUUUGUCUCUAUCUUCUCAAUACAAUACUUCCCUUUUUCAUUUCUUCCGUUUCGCCUUGACAGUAUUUUUCAGAAGUUGAUGUCAGGUGUCUUUGUGUUUUUUUUUAUUUUUUUAUUUUUUUUUUGCAUUCGUGUCCCUCCCAUUGAUCUGUCAUUCUCUGUGCAGCUGUUGGGAACGGUUCCUGGUGAUGCAUGCGUGGUGUGUGUGUGUGUGUGUGUGUGUGUGUGUGUGUGUGUGUGUGUGUGUGAGUCCGCCUCUCUCCUCCUUCCUGAUCUGACACGUCAGCACCAGCUGGUCGAAGAGCAGAGGACAAAGAAGUCCAAAUGUGAAUGUUUGGAGGUGGACAGGGACUCUAAUUAGUGGUGACCGUCGGAGGACUCUAUUGUGCACAUUACCAACACUGAGUUCUGUUCUCAGUGUUGAAAGCUGGUCUUUAAGUAGACUACAUUGUCUUUUAGGUACUGCCCCGGACUGAAGGUUUUUCAGAUCCUGUGGCUCUGCAUACAUUUUGGCACUUUCUUCUAUUAUCUUGAUCUAAGUCCAUUUUUGUCAUCCACUUGCCUUUAGUCAUUCCAAACUUGUACAAACCUAAUGUACGAUCUGGUGCGGAUUCAACCAUCUUCUCUUUAUAUGCACCAUGAAAAAGGGUUUGAAAUUUGAUAUUUGUCUGACUCAUCAUUUUUAUAGUCACAUUUCUAUUCUCUGUGUUUUAUCUUGGAUAUUAUUCUUUUUUUCUUCUUUUUAAUGAUGCAGGUUUUAUUAUGUGUUUUCAUGUAAAUAUGAUCGGUAAAGACAUUUGAGAAUGUUCCUUCUUUUAAGGGAUAAAUGCCAAAAAUCAAACUAAUUGCCCCACAUAGGAAAACAUCCCUCGAGUGAGCAACUUUUGUAUAUAUGAGAGCCAAAGAAUGUUUUAAAAGGGAAUUCACUAUUUUGAAAGAGAAAAUCCCCUUUUUCCUUUUCUACGUCAUUUUACAUUUGCGCAGGGUAAUGACCACAUUUUUUUUAGACUUAAUUUGCCUCCAUAAAAAUGUGUCUUUGCCCUUCGACUCUCGCCUCUGAGUGCAUUUCUCGCUUUUCUGCUCGCAGAAAUUCCUGAGAGUUGUUUUAGUCUGAGGCUUUUGGUGUCUCACAGUGCUGUUUCCUUUUCUUUCUUUCUUUUUUUUUUUUUUUUUUUUUACUGCAUGAGUUGGACUAAGAUAGAGGGGGAAGGGAGAAGUGUGUGAGUGAGUUUGUGAUUGUGUGCAGUCUCCAGCUGUGGAAUGUUGAGUCGGCAAGAAGAGCUCAGUGGCACGUCUGGAACCAAUCAGAGAAGGAGUGCUCAGGGACGUGAAGGGUCAGGAAAAAAAUGAUAGAAAAAAAGGAAAAUGGAUGAAGGAGAAAAGGGGGGGGGGAGGAGGAGGAGUGAGAGGAGGAGUCAGGGUUUUAGGAGGAGAGGGAGCGCGUGCAGUGGUUUGUCCCAGGCUCACCCCGGGCCUCUGCUGGCGGCUUCACUGUAAAACGUUUGUCUUUGUGCACAGUAUGAUGUCAGCUGGUUGAGACGUAACGGCCAUCGGUUUGUUCCCCCCAAUGAGAUCCUCUCUGCGACGCAGACUCUCGUCCCGGUGAAGGUUCGCUGAAGCACCUGUUUGUAUGUUUUUUGUGUAUUUGUGUCAGUUUUAUAGGAAAUGAAUAAAGUCUAUGUUCUCAAAGCUU